AUGCCGCCAACUCUCAUACUCAUUCGCCACGCUCAGGCACAACACAAUGCCACCAGCGACUGGUCUAUCAGGGACCCUCCACUUACUGAGCUGGGCGAGCAGCAAUGUCGCGAGCUACAUGAGAGUCUGAAAGAGAGCAAGAUCGGCAAUGAAGUUGAGCUCAUCGUUGUCAGCGCUCAAAGGCGGACGCUCCAGACUGCCACUAUCGGGCUGGACUGGCUUAUCAAGAAAGGCACCAAGGUAAUCCCCGACGCGAACUGGCAAGAAAACGCAGACAAGCCGUGUGACACUGGAACACCCAUCGAUGAGAUCUCCAAGGAAUUCCCUCAGUACGACUUCUCCGUCGUAGACCCUUCGUUCCCAGACAAGACCACCGGUGGAUCCAAGAACCCAUAUGCUUUCACCGAAAAGGCUAUCCUAGCUCGUGGACAGAGAUGCCUCAAGGACCUCUACUCCCGCCCCGAGAAAGUCAUUGCUGUUGUCUCGCAUUCGGGUUUCCUGCGCACAGGUGUAUGCAACCGCAUGUUCUUCAAUGCCGACUGGCGUGUGUUUGAAUUCGACGACGAGGAGAUGAAGAAGAACCCGGGGUUCUUUGUGUUGAAGGAGAGCGAGGAGACGGAGAAGAAGGGUGGCGGUAUGGGUCGUAGUGACGUUGGUGUCUUUGGUAUCGUACCUGGUGACUUCCCGCCUGAGGUUGAAGAGGAGAUUGCUGCGAAUAAGGCGCAAGUUGAUGAUGAGGCUACUAAGCAGAACCCGAGUGCUUGA